CCACGACUGACAACUUGCGCUAGCGUCGCCGACUCUUUCAUCUUCCUUCUCCAUCCCUCGUUAUCUCCUUUGACCCUUUGACGCUUUGUUUCUCUCACCACUGACAUCAUCUGCACAUUUUCCUACGCGUUGGGACGCCGACGGCUGCCUCCUGAAGUUUGAACCCACUCCAUCUCCCGUCCAUCGCAUCGACCUUGGACUGCAACCGAUAGAACCCUUCUCGCUAUGGCGCCAUCACGAUCGCAAACGUCGCUUCUCUCCCUCCUCGCCGCAUCCGCACUCCUCCCGCUGUCAUCAUGGGCCUUUGACUGCAACGACAUCGCAGCCCAAGGCGUCCAUUUCAACCUAGGAAAACUAGGCGGCCCACACAUGGUGCACUGGAAAGAAGAAGAUCUAGGGCACGACGUCAUGUACAAAUACAACUUCACACUCGACAUCUGCAACGUGCUGAAGUGGCACAAGGGCGGGAGUUUGGCGACCGAGUGUCACCAUGGCGCCAUGGUCUGCGCUAUCCGAGAGAACGUUGAUCUAUCUAUGGAAGGAAACUCAACAUUCACGCCGAUCGAUAUUGCGGGGACAUACAAAACGCAGACAGGGAGGGAGCUCGAGGCCAAGUUUGAGCGGUUGCGGAGCUCCAAGAGCAACUCGGACGCUGGGCGUGAGGGAGUCAGGGUAGAGCUGCAUGGUGGGCGACUGCCUUUUGACGACAAGAAGAACGGUCUCGAUCAACGCGCCAUCGUCGAGUUUGUGUGCGAUAAAGAGAGGACGGGCUUGGAGGGUGAUGAGAAGGAUGACGGUGAACAUGAGAGCGACCCCAAGGACGAUGACAAGGGUGGAGACGAUAAGAAAGGAGAUGGCAAGAAAGAAGAGAAGUUGAGGAGGAGGGAGGAUGGUGGGAAGGGCAAGUGCGAGGAUAACGACCACAGCCUGCGCUUCUGCGGAUACGAAGAAGAAUCCAUCGCCAAGGACAAGAAUGUCAAGACACUACGACUCGAGUGGCGGACACAGUAUGCGUGUGAAGACGCGCCUGCAGAGGAUGCGGGAAGCCACUGGGGCUUCUUUGGCUGGUUCUUCAUCAUUGUUUUCCUUGCCAUAGCGUCCUAUCUCAUCUUCGGCUCCUGGCUCAACUACAACCGCUACGGCGCUCGCGGCUGGGACUUGCUUCCUCAUGGCGACACCAUUCGCGAUAUCCCAUACAUCGCCAAGGACUUUGCAAGGAAGGUCAUGGGUACUGUGCAAGGAAGUGGAGGCAGAGGAGGUUACGCUGCCGUGUAGACAGAUGCUGUACAGUCCGAUUCUUUUUCGUGAGGAGUUGAGUGAGUUACGAGAGUUGGAUGCGGAACGUGUUGGAUUGAAGUGCGACAGUGUAAUAUAGAUGGCAUUGUUUCGGCGUCAUAGGCUUGACUGGGAAAGGCCCUUUCCGCCUGAAGGUCCUCCGGUCUUCCUAGAAUUUGCGAUUACCUCAGUAUACGAGGUUUCUUCUCUGUACAUGCUUUCGCUCUUUUUUGCUAGUAUUAUACGAUGAAGUUUGCACUAUGAGAGUUUCCAUAUCCUCACGGUCAU